UCUUUAACCGAUGAUGAGUUAUAUGACUUUCAACAAAUAUUAGAGUUGUAUUCAUAUUCAUAUGGUACGCCGAUUUUUCCUGAUGAUCAUUAUUUGAAGGAAAUUUAUUACUAUUGCGGAAAUAGUGAUAAUUUGGUAUCUCCAUCUGAAUCUUUAAAAGAAUGUUUUAAGCAGAUUUAUCCGCUAUGCGAAAUUUGUCAGGAAAAUGGAAGGAGUUUUUAUACAAGAGCAGAAAUUAAAACCAAUAAUAGAGCCCAAAACAUUCUAAAAAAUAAUUUUUAUUCGUUAUCGAACAGUAAAAGUAUUGCAAAG